UAGACGCGCUGAAACCUGGGUAAUACAGUCAAAGCGGCGGGAGAGCGGCAAUUUAUUCCCAGAUUUAUGAGCAAUUAUAUGAUAGAAAUAUUGUUUUGGUGAGUAGUGUAAGCCUAGUCCUAUAAGUAAGGCCUGCGUUUCGUGAAAGCACAGAAAAUAUGGCGAAGGUACAGGUGUUGAAUGUGGCUGUCCUAGACAACCCGAGUCCUUUUGGAAACCCCUUUCAGUUUGAAAUAACCUUUGAGUGUAUGGAGGACCUUGCUGAAGACCUGGAGUGGAAGAUCAUCUAUGUCGGCUCAGCAGAGAGUGAAGAAUAUGACCAAAUCCUCGACUCUGUGCUGGUUGGCCCAGUACCUGCUGGGAGACACAUGUUUGUGUUUCAGGCGGAUGCCCCAAACACUGGAUUGAUUCCUGAAAGCGAUGCAGUUGGUGUUACAGUAGUGCUGAUUACCUGCACGUACCGCAGCCAAGAGUUCAUUCGCAUUGGUUACUAUGUGAACAACGAAUACACAGACCCAGAGCUGCGUGAAAAUCCUCCAAUCAAGCCAGACUACACACAGCUCCAGAGAAAUAUUCUAGCUUCAAACCCACGUGUUACCAGAUUCCAUAUAAACUGGGAAGGCUGCGCAGAGCGAAUGGAAGACUCUGAAAAUGUGGAUCCUUCUUCAAACUCCAUGCUCCCGCCAUCCUGUCUCCCUGGCAAGGCCCCACCUUUGGGUGUACUCCCAGAUAACUCUAUGGACUGCUUAUAAAGAUGACCCCUGCCCUAAAAAGGUGACGAUUCACAGCCCGAAACCUUACUUUUGAACAAUGCCUAUGGACAUUCAAGUGGGAAUAACGGAUGUGUACACAUCCCUGCCUUAUAGCUGCCCUUUGUUUUCCUGAGACUUCUCAAACAUGAGUUCUCACCCUGGGUUUCAAACAAGCAUUUGUUCCAAGGAAGAUUAUGAGCGUCUGACUGGAAUGAGUGUUAUUUAUAGUUGGAUAGUUCUUUCCAGUGUUGAAAGCAGUAUUGCAGGAAACCUCAACUAUGAAGCGAUAAAACGGAACUGAAACGUAACAGAAAGCUGUUGAAUGAUCCACCUUACUUCCUUUCUUGGUGCAGAAUGGACUUGUACCUGUUUCUGAAGAUUUCAGCACUGAAGCAAUAGGCAAUUAAAUUGCAGUUUGAUAAUCUGCCAUUUUAUUUGUGUUCACAGUGCACUUACACUUACUUUUCCCAUUUGAAUGUGGAGUUUUGUAUGGCUUAUAUCGCUUACUUCAUGGUUUUUUCCUCCUUUUAUUUUGUAAUUUUGUGUUCCAAAUAAAAAAAACGGUGUUUUUGUUA